GGACGCCGGUGCUGCGGUGCUGCCUUGGGUUUCCUUCCCUGGAGGCUCUGACCUGAUCCCUGCAGGAAUGGCCCCAGGGCUCAGUGCUUCUCCACCACUUGUGGUCCUGCUCCUGUCCCUGCUGGGUCUGGCUGCUGCUGGGAAGCUCCUGGUGAUGCACGUGGACGGGAGCCCCUGGCUCAGCGUGCAGGAAGUGCUGGAGACGCUGAAGCAGAAGGGACACGAGGUGGUUGUGGUGGCACCUGAAGUCUCCGUGCACGUCAAGCCAUCAAAGAACUUUGAGAUGAAAAUAUACUCAGUCCCCUUCACAAAGGAAGAGUUUGAGAAAGACUUCAAGGCAUAUUUUCGAGUUGUAUUUGAAGAGGGAUCAUUUAUUGAAAGAUUUUUUAAAGUAUUUGAAAUGACGAGAAGGGUAACUGAAUAUUGGAUCCACAGCUGUGAACAGUUCUUAAAAAACAAAGAGCUCAUGAGGUACCUUGAGGAAAGCAAGUUUGAUGCUGUCCUUACAGACCCUUUCCUACCCUGUGGGGCAAUCCUGGCUGAGCAUCUUUCACUUCCUGCCAUAUAUUUCUACCGACUAGUCCCAUGUGAGUUAGAAUUUGCAGCCACUCAGUGUCCGAGUCCUCCGUCCUAUGUGCCCAGGGCAUUUUCAGACAAUGCAGACAGCAUGACCUUUCUCCAGCGAGUGAUGAAUCUGCUCUAUGACAUCCCAGAUAUUUUUCUCUGUGAUUUUGCUUCUAAACCCUACUCAAAACUGGCUUCUGAGUUCCUGCAGCGGGAGGUGACUGUGCUGGAUCUCUUACGGAAGGGCUCUCUUUGGCUCUUCAGGUUAGAUUUUGUGCUUGACUAUCCAAGACCCUUGAUGCCAAACAUCAUUCCAAUUGGAGGACUAAACUGUGCUCAGAAGAAGCACAAGGAGCUGCCUCAGGAAUUUGAAGCCAUUGUGAACGCCUCUGGAGAACAUGGCAUUGUUGUCUUCUCGCUGGGCUCCAUGGUGUCCGAGAUUCCUGUGAAGAAAGCCAUGGAAAUCGCAGAGGCCUUGGGAACAGUCCCUCAGACGGUCUUGUGGCGCUACACAGGCAAGACACCCUCCAACCUGCCCAAGAACGUGAAGCUCGUCAAAUGGCUGCCUCAGAACGACCUCCUGGCCCACCCCAAGACUCGUGCCUUUAUCACCCACGGAGGCUCCCAUGGUGUUUAUGAGGGAAUAUGCAAUGCAGUGCCCAUGGUGCUGAUGCCUCUGUUUGGGGACCAGAUGGACAAUGCCAAGCGAGUGGAGUCCCGGGGAGCAGGGCUGACCCUGAACAUCCUGGAGAUGACUACCAGCGACAUUUCCAACGCCCUGAAAGCAGUGAUCAACGACAAAAAGUACAAGGAGAACAUCCAGCGCCUCUCUGACCUGCACCUGGACAGACCCAUCCACCCUCUGGACCUGGCUGUGCACUGGGUGGAGUUUGUGAUGAGGCACAAGGGGGCCCCUCACCUGCGCCCCGCUGCCCACGACCUCAACUGGGUGCAGUACCACUCUCUGGACGUCAUCGCCUUCCUGGCGGCCGUGGUGCUGCUCUCCCUCUUCAUCGCCUUCAAGUGCUGCCUCUGCUGCUGCCGCCGCUGCUUCUGCAAGAAGGGCAGGACGGGCAGGCCCGCCAAGGCCAAGUCCCACUAGUGCCUGGGAACGUGGUAGGGGACAAAGCUCCUGCUCCGGGGGGGCGGGGAACAGCUCCAAUUACACUGCAAUAAAUAAAACGCUACGAUUUUCAGUCAAGGAAUGAUAGGGAUCCCUCGGAACAGCACCGCGAGAAGGGUUGUUCCGCUGAUCUGAUUUUUGGCCUUUUAAUUAAGAAUGGGCCUAAUUAAUUCAGAAUGUUAAAAAUGCCUUGUGUAGGAGUGCUGCAGUCACUUGGGAAGGUCUGAGUGUGAAAUCCAAGGCCCCUGGCUUCCACCUGUCAGUGUGCAGAGGACUCUCACUGACUUUUUCUUUUAACCUCUACCUGCAGCAGAGAUAUGUAAGGAUUUUGGAGGACUUAAGAACCAUCUGGUCAGAUUUCUGUUUGAAAUCUCUGUGUGGCUGCUGUUGUAGGCAAAUGUUGUACACUCAAAAUUCCCAUCACGCAAACGAAGCCUGAUGCACAUCUUCAUGUGUGUUUACAAGACCCUUAAUACAACCAAGAUUUCUGGCAGGGAAGCUGCUGGAAAAGCACUGCUGUUUCCCCCAAAUUCCCCAUCAGGCAGAUGUGCUGUACCUGGACCUCACCUGCUGGUGAGGAGAUCUUUGUAAGCACUGCUUAUAAACCC